UUAUCAGAUUCUACUUUAAACAAGUAUUUUGUAAGUUCAAAUGGAUUACAUAUGCUGUAGAUUUAUUAUAGGACAACAUUCAGUAUUGGUCUACAUUGGAAAUAGUUCAUAUAAGUUAGUGUUAGUUACCGUCUAUUUUUAAAUGUUCUUUACAUUAAAAAUCAUGUUAUAUUUUUUAAGUCUUUUAGGGACUUUAUCUAUUUUUCUAAGUCAGUUAACUGUACUUUGAGAAACAUUUUGUAUCUACUUUUGUAAUAUCAGAAUAAAAUAUAUUGAAAGAAAGGAAUGAUGAAAAUGUGUUGCAACACACUUAUUUCUGUUUCAAUAGAAACGAGUAUUUUGUAAGUUUAUGGAUACUGAAUGCAGCUUAAGUUUAGAAUGUUAUCGUUGUAAGAUUAUCUCUGCUUAACAUUUGGUAAUGAAAAUGGUUUUCUUAAAUCUCAGAAGAAAGAGAAGUUCUGAUAUAAUAAAUAUCUUGGAACUUGAGUGAAGGCACUCGCCUUACAGAUGGCUGACCCCAGUUUCAAUCCCCAGCAUCUUGUAUGGUCUGAUGAGCAUUCCUAAGUGCAGAACUAGGAAUGACCCCUGAGCAUCUUCAGAAAAAUGUCAGACCGACUCUCCACGAGCUGGUUCAGAUCAUGUGGCCAACUCCAAACCCUGAUCUGGUUGUUGAAACCUGGCUUCCGCUUCUCCACUGUGCCCAGCGGCUGUUUGCCUCUGAGACUGAGGGCGAGCUCAAGGUGACACAGAUUCUCAAAGAAAAGUUCCCCCGAGCUACAUCUAUUCAAGUCACUGACAUUUCAGGAGGCUGUGGGGCGAUGUAUGAAAUCCAGAUCGAGUCGGAAGACUUUAAGGCAAAGAAAAUUGUCCAGCAGCACCAGAUGGUAAAUCAGGCGCUCAAAGAAGAAAUCAAAGGGAUGCACGGGCUGAGGAUAUUCACCUCUGUUCCCAAGCACUGACCACAGCUGGCUGCCCAGAUGGUGCUGCUUUGAACCUUGGAUGAACUUGACAGACGUUUCCCUCCUAGGAAUUUGCCAAAAGAUUUGAUCUAUUUUGUUCAUAGACAUUUCAUAUUAUAAUUAUAGAAGAAUAUGUUAUCUAUCUAUUUACAUUUUAAUUAAAAACAAGGAAUAACC